CCUGUUUGGGUUUCAGUAACUUUCAAACGUGAUUUGUGUUUCGAGAUUUUUAAUUAAUUUUUUGAGUUUUUUGGAAUUUAUCCAUGUCGUGGUAGCGUGAUUUGCAUGGAAUAGUUUUUUUAAUCCUCACUGAAACGGAAGUCAGUGACGUCGAUUUUCUGCAGAUUGGAGUACGCCAAACGGAGAAAUGCAGCGGUAUAGUGGUUCUCAAGUGGGAGAAUGGGGCAGGCCCGAGCAGUAUAACUUAACAUCGGAACAACUGCAGAUCAUUGAAGAGCGCGCCCAACGUCGGGCCAACCUGAAGAAUGAAUACUUUCGCACGCUGUACAAUCCCUGGAAGAAUAUGUCGGUCGAAGGCGGCACAGUCUUUGAUCCUAUGAUGCAGCGUUUCACAGCGACACGUGCUGAUUAUUACCACUACUUCAAACCAAACAAGGCUAACUUCAUGAUUUUCUUCUUCUCGUUCAUCUUCCCAGUCACAGUCCUUGGAUAUCACAGUUUUUAUACGCAGGAGAAAUUUGACCGACGAUGCCGGAAUGCCGAAGUGCCGUGGCGCUACCGCAUGCAUCGUACGCUUGUUUGAUCGUGUCACUACUGUUUUCAGGAUAUACAGAUAUUAAUGGUGUGAGUGAAAUUAGCGAAAACAAUGGUGGUGCAUACACUAUGUCAUAUCUAAUUGUAAAGCGUGCUUAAAGUGGGAAAACAUUUCUAUUUUCUUUGCAUUUGUCGCCGUGUGGCGUUGUUUUAUGUUGCAUUCAGUCGACUGUACAAAAGUAAACGUCUCGAUACAUCGAGCUCCAGAAGAUUUAUAGCUAUUACAGAUUUCAAAGAUAUCGUACAACAUGAAAUGAAUAAGACUUUGCCAUAAAUUGGCAUUAAAUAAUCGUCAUAUUAUCGA